AAUUGAAGAAACUUUGGUGGUAUGUUUUAAGACGGGAUCUCACUUUCUUUGACAGCUUCUAGCUGUCAUCUGUCUCUGCUGAUUUGAAGUCAGAGAUUAAUUAAUUGGAUUAUAGAUUUCCAGGUGGUGAUAAGUUAGCCCCAUAGCCAUUUAAUUUAAGACAGUGUGGUUUCGGUUGCUUUCAAAAUGUGUGAUAGGUAUAUCUGUUCUUUGUGAGGAAGAAAGUAAUUUGGGUCAGAGAAAAGGGGAGGAAAGUUCUCUCUCAGGCGUCUAUACUAAUCUUGUAGGAAUGGAGUCUUCCAAAAUGUUUGGAGGAGCAGAAGAAUGUCACAGUAGUGAAUCUGGGUGGACAAUGUAUAUUGGUUCCCCCAUACGUGAUGACGAUGAUGAUGGAAGCAGUACUGAUGCUGCUGAUGAUGGUGCUGGUGAUGAUGACUCAGAUGCAAAUGGUGAUGAUGAUUCUAUGGCUUCUGAUGCUUCUUCUGGUCCAAGUCAUGAGAUGGCUCGUUUGAAGCAUGGGGAUGAUGAUGAUGAUGAUGAUGAAGAAGAUGGAAAGGCAUGCAUGAAGAAGGAAACUAAGAAGUCAACGGACAAGGAACUGGAGGGAAGAAACAAGAAUAGUCCCAAGAAAGAAGACAAAGGAGACAUGACAGGGAGUUCUAAGGUAAGGAAAAGCCUCUGGCAGUCCAAGAGAAAGUAGUUCACCUUUUUCUCUUGUUGUUGGGCAGUAUGUCAGUAUGUGCUAAAAAACGUGGAUCAGAUAAGAAAACAGACUAUCUAUUAUGUUUCUUGUUAUGUAUUUUAAGAGUUCAGAAGUGCAAAUGUAGAGUUGUUUCUUUAAGUUUAAUCAAGAAAAAAUAUUAAC